CACAUCAUUUAAAACAGCAACAAAUCACUAUUCAGUCAACCCCUCAAACACAGGGUAACGCAAAACAGUCACAGGCCCUUUCCGAACUGUCGACGUGAAUGAUGUAACCGACCGCAGCUGCACCGGAACAAAACCCAGAGGGUAACGUGUAGUGUGGGUCCACAGAAAAGGAUUAUGAUGCCGUGGCGAUGGGUUCUGAUAAACGUGGGCCCACAUCCCAAAAUUUCUCCAUUCCAACAAAAAUUGAAGGAGUGCUCGCGUUUUGCGCCCUCAUUUUCAAUUUCCUUUUCCUUAAUUUUCAUGUUUUCCAAGGCCAUGCUUGGUUGCUUCCAAGGCAAAUACAGAACUCGUGAAACUAACAGAAACAAACCUUGGGAAUAGCCUAAAUCUGGAGCCUUAGAUAAAAUAUAGUAAUAAUAAUAACAUAGGCAGCUCAGAGUUGUAAGUCCAAAACAGCGCAGAAAAAACGUGUAAAAGGCAGAGGCUCGUAACAUGAGACGCCUCGCCUUUUCUCUUCCGGCGACUCCUCCUGAAACUUAGGGUUCCGUACUAUCGGCAGAUACAACAGAAAGUCCUUUUUCUUUUUUCCAUUUUUGGAAAAAAGUUUUAUAGUGAAUUUCGUUCGAAGCUGACGAUUACUCAUUGAUCAAACAUCAGAUUUUCUUUGGGAAUCAAUCCGGUGAAGCAGGGUGGUUUUCUGCAAAUUCUCAUCUGGUUGGUCUAUGAUUAAAGAUGAGAACAUUUGUUCUGUAUGUCCGUCAAUUUAGAUCAGCUUUUCAACAUCGACGAUACAGCUUCCUGAGUGACUUGUCAAGGAGGCAAAAGGUUUCCGUAAAUUGGCAGACGAGUGGUGCUUCCAAGCCCCUUCACAAUGCUGGAAUUGCUAGAUAUUUACUCCCCGUGUCUAUGGUUACAAGAAAUCUGGUCACUGAUUCUGCAAAAGUUGCUAAUGAAGUAAAAGAGGUAAGCAGAGCAGGGCCACUUGUGGAGUAUGACCGAAGAAUUGCUGAGGGUGAACUUGUGGAUGGUGAUAACUGUCAGGUAGGCACCUUAAGAGAACUUCAGAGACUCUAUGAUGACCUUGUAAUGUCAGCCGAUGCCUGCAGUUUGGAUCGCUAUACAGCUUCUGAGAAAGCUGGGAGGAGUCGGUGGUUGUGGUCCCGCUUCAUACCACAAUCUUCAUAUUCACCUGUGAAAGGACUCUAUCUUUAUGGAGGAGUUGGCACAGGGAAAACUAUGUUGAUGGACUUGUUCUUCAACCAACUGCCAGACAGCUGGAGGAAAAGAAGGAUUCAUUUUCAUGACUUCAUGCUGGUUGUUCAUAGCCGCUUGCAAAGGCACAAGGGUGUAGCAGAUCCACUUGAAGUUGUUGCAGGAGAGAUAUCCGAUGAAGCAAUUUUGUUAUGUCUUGAUGAAUUCAUGGUGACUGAUGUUGCUGAUGCAUUGAUACUGAACCGUCUUUUCGGACAUUUAUUCAGCAAUGGCUGUAUUCUUGUUUCAACAUCAAAUCGAGCCCCGGAUAAAUUGUAUGAAGGUGGAUUGCAGAGGGAUCUUUUUCUCCCCUUCAUUUCCACUUUAAAGGAAAGAUGUAUAAUUCAUGAAAUUGGUUCGUCAAUAGAUUAUCGGAAAAUGACUUCGGCUGAGCAAGGUUUCUUCUUCAUUGAGAAAGAUGCAUCAGGCCUUGUUAAGCAAAAGUUUCAACAUUUGAUUGGAGAACAUACUGCUGUCCCACAAGAGGUGGAAGUUGUCAUGGGACGGAAAUUGCAGAUUUCUUUGGGUGCUAAUGGAUGUGCAUAUUUUCCUUUUGAGGAUCUCUGUGACAAACCCCUUGGAGCUGCAGAUUACUUUGGCCUGUUCAAAAAAUUUCAUACCCUAGCACUGGAAGGUGUGCCAAUUUUUGGGCUUCACAAUAGAACAGCAGCAUAUCGAUUUGUCACUUUAGUUGAUGUGAUGUACGAGAACAAGGCCAGACUGUUAUGCACAGCUGAGGGAAGUCCUCUUCAACUUUUUGAAAGGAUUGUGACAAUUGCUGAUGCCCAAAAUAUGGCUCCUAGAACCUCAUCAAGAUCAAGGAAAAAUGAUGAUUUUGACCUUUGUGUGGACAAUGAACUGGGAUUUGCAAAAGACCGCACUAUUAGUAGAUUAACCGAGAUGAAUAGCAAAGAGUACUUAGAGCAACAUGCUGCCAUGUUAGCAGAGAAGCAGCUCUCUCAGGAUGAUGGAGAUGAGAAAGCCUUACAAGCAUGAGACACUGAAAAGAGGUCCAACAUCUCAUUAAGCCUUGUUGCCCUUAAGUUGUAUGACCACAUCUCUGAGACUCAGCUGACCUGGUAAUUAUUUUGGUGCCAAACCAGAUACAGAUGAUAAACAUUAGAGCCAAUACUUGUUAGUUGAAUAAAUUAUAUCCUCUCAUUGUAAAGUAAUAUGCUAAUUGAGCAAUUAUAAUAAUAGAUUUAUGUCUGUAGAGUGACACAGAUUGAUUCAUCUUCAUCAAAUAAUGCUGCUUAAGUUAAGUAUAGGUGGAUCAUUGCAUAGCAGAAUCUGUUGUGGAAUCUGGUUAUUGCUUUUCUGAAGCAGUUUUGAUAUGUAAACUGAAUAAGAGAUGCUUGGAAUUGAAAUUGACAGUUGCUCAAUUGAAAUGA